AUGCCGUCCUUCCGUCACACCUUUGGCGACUUCUCCCCCACAAUGCACGGCGUAAUCGUCUCGUCCGUCCUCAUCCCUGGCGCCCUGUCAGCUCUGGUAUCCGGCGCCAUGGCAGACCGUUUUGGGCACGUCCUCCUCUUCUCCCUGGGCGCCUUCGUCUACGGCUGCGGCGCUGGGAUUGAGUGCGCUUCGCCUGUCCUAGGCGUCUUCAUCUUGGGUCGGCUCAUCAAGGGCGUCGGCGAGGGUAUGUUUCUGAGCAACGUAUACGUUCAAGUCUCGGAAAUCUCGCCUGCCCGGGUCCGGGGUAUCAUCACUGCUCUGCCGCAGUUUUCCAUCGUCACUGGUAUUGUAUCAUCCCUGGCAUGGCGCCUGCCGCUGGCUGUAGCUUCAUUUCUGGGAUUUGCUCUCUCGAGCACGUACUGGAUCGUCCCGCCGUCACCCAGAUGGCUUCUCGGAAAAGGACGAAUUGAAGAAGCCCGAGGCGUGCUGGACCGUCUUGGCCUGGACCAAAGCGAGCGUGAGGAACUGCUGGAGCAAUCCCUGGCCCAGGCACAAGAGCAGAAACCCGAUGUUACACUCCUGGAAACCUUACGACAGCUGUUCACCGACUUCAGAGAAGCCUUUUCGGCACCCUUCCGGAGCAGGACCAUCUUUGGCUGUUUCUUGCUCGGAAUGCAGCAGUGGAGCGGUAUUGAUGGUAUUCUCUACUAUGCCCCCAUUCUUUUCACUCAAGCUGGACUGAGUGGCGAAGAGGCCACAUUCCUCGCAUCCGGCGUCUCAGCUCUGGUGAUUCUGGCAGCUACUAUACCUGCAACAUUCUUAGCAGACAGAUGGGGACGCCGGACGUCAAGUCUGCUCGGUGGCGUUCUCAUCACCGCUUUGAUGCUACUAAUGGGCUCGCUAUUUGCAGCCGGUGAGGUCCACGCCGAGACGGGUGCCGGGAAGUGGGUGGUCAUCGUAUCCAUCUACCUCUUCGCCAUCGUAUACAGCGUCACUUGGGCUAUUGGCUUUCGCACCUUCAUGGUGGAAAGCCUGCCAUCUAGGACUCGCAGUAGUGCCUCCAGCCUGGCACAGAGCUCGAACUGGCUUGCAAACUAUGUCGUUGCGCUAAUUACUCCGGUAUUACUGUCAAAGUCAACUUUUGGAGCUUACUUUCUCUUCGCCGGAUGCUCCUUUGUUUGCACAGUCUUGGUAGCCCUUGUGAUGGUCGAGACCCGAGGGCACAGCCUUGAGGCUAUCGAGAAGAGAUACACCGAGAAAAAAGCCUUGGCUACCGGCAGAUGGAAAAUGGAAGGUCUCAGGCCAAGACGUGUCAGAACCGCGGUGUAA